AUGGAACCUAUUUUACCAUCACAUGAUUUAAAAAUUAAUGAGAUAAUUGAUUUGACAAAUUUUGAUGCUGAAAUAGAUAUCAAUACAAAUGAAGAUUUACAACAAAAUUAUUUGAAACCA